AAAAAUACAUAACUACAUACUUGCAUACGUAACUAGAUUUGUAACAUAUCCGUGUCGUCGGUUACAAGUGCACGUUGCUGCAACGCCAGUUACAGUUAUAGUAGUAUUUAAGUCGUUUGCGUUAGCGCACAAGGAAGUCCGUUUGUCGCGUACCUAUGCACGUGUGUUUGUAGUCUCAGUAAUUGUGUACUUGCUCUUGUGUGCGUGUUUAGUGUGCAGUACGUAACAGCAACGACAAUUUUCCUCAAAAUGCGUCUACAAUAUCGCAAUAAAAAAGCGACGCUGUGGGUGAUGGUCGCCGUCGUCGUUGUCACUAUGUUCCUCUUCAAAUUCACCGAAUUCGCGCCAACUUGUUUCUUCAAGAACGAUGUGACGGCGCCGGAUGGAUCGCUGAUGGUGCACGAAGAGAAAUAUCUUAUGGCCGAAGAUCAAAAAACCUAUUCAUAUGGCCGCGAAAUGCCGCUAAUAUUUAUUGGCGGUGUUCCCAGAUCAGGAACGACGCUGAUGCGCGCCAUGUUGGAUGCACAUCCGGAUGUGAGGUGA